AAGGGCGUGCAUAGCGGCGGACCACAAAGGAUUGUCUAAUACGAGGCUUUUACUAUUUAUAGUUUUUCUUGGCCAACAUAUAUUUUAAAGCGCGUAAAAGACACGUUGCAACGGAUCAAGCUACUUGGAUUUUGGAAGAUUGUUUAUAGAUUCCCUGGCAGUUGACCCACCGAUCAAGCUACAUGUUGCUUGGAUUUUUCAAGCGACAUUUAUAUAUUCUUGUUCUGGGCCAGAAAAUCCAGUAUCCUGUAUCUGUUUGACCUGAACAAUAGGCAGGAGCUUUUCAGACAUGGACAACCUUCUUGGCCUUCUCAGAAUCCGGGUGAAACGAGGCAACAAUCUUGCCGUUCGCGAUCUUGGUACCAGUGAUCCUUAUGUUGUCAUCACCAUGGGAAAACAGAAAUUGAAGACUCGAGUUGUGAAAAAAAACUGUAAUCCGGAGUGGAACGAGGAGAUUACUCUUUCAAUCACAGAUCUCAAUGUUCCAAUCAAUUUAACUGUUUUUGACAAAGACAGAUUUACCGUGGAUGAUAAAAUGGGUGAAGCAGAAAUAGACAUCAAAGCAUAUAUCGCGAGUCUAAAGAUGGGAUUGCAAAAUCUCCCAAACGGUUGUGUGGUCUCAAGAGUUAAGCCAAGCCGGAACAACUGCCUUGCUGACGAGAGCUGCGUUGUUUGGGAUAACGGCAAAAUACUGCAAGACAUGAUACUCAGAUUAAGAAAUGUAGAGUCCGGUGAAGUGAUGAUUCAAAUCGAGUGGAUUAAUGUUCCAGGUUGUCGGGGAUUGGAAAUUGGAGACAGGGAAGCACCAUGGAACAGGUCGAAGAGACUCGACUGAUCGAAUGAUUUUCUUAAUUUUACCAUCCACACCAGUAUCCUCUAUGGGUGAUCAGAUGCGACUGCUCAUUUAUAGCGUCCUCUUCGUGAAGAUGAUGACUGUUUUCUCUUGAAUCAAGAAUUACUCAUCUAUAUCUACUCCAUUAAUUUGGUGUCUUCUUUCUUUCUUGUUUUGGUUGUGUUUUAAACAAUGUUUUUCAUUUUGAUUUUU